AUGUUUCCAUCAAUCACAGCCUUCGUGGCCAUACUCGCAACCCUCUCCGCGGCUCAGACUGCGCUGCCCUCGUGUACAAAGACCCUCACGCCAGAGGGUGUCACCUGUUGUCCUCCAGUAGCGGGACACACUGCAACGUCCUAUAUCGACUGCAACGGCUGCGCCCUUACCUCUGCCCAAGGACCGCUAUGCAAGAUGAAGUGCUCCGUGCCAUUCCCGACCAGCACCGACCUCACCACGACUCUCACGUCGUGCGCUCCAAGCAUCACUCCAAGCAUGUCUACGUACGUCAAACGCGACGACCCCAUUAUCACGAUCAACGACCCCAUCGAAACUUGCACCAUCACGGCUUUCACGAAGACGGUGGGUGGUUGUGGAGAUUGCGGCAUCAAGUACGAGUCGACGAAGACGAAGAGUAUUGAGUGUGCUGGAUGUGCUUUGUUGACUACGGAGACUACAAUCGAAGGUGCUAUGGUCUGUGCUUGCCCGACAGACAAGGAGACUACGGUUACGGCUUGCAAGACUGGUUGA